AUGACGAACAAUUCCCUUCCACAAUUCCCAAUGAUCGAUUGGUGUUUCGAUAUUGAAAUGUAUUAUGCAAGUUCGGAACAAAAUAUUGCUGCACAAAUGCGUAACACAUUCCAGGAGUAUAAACAAUUUAGUUUUCGAUACAACGGUGUCCUCACAUCCAUACUAGUCGCUCUUGGUCUCGCUGGCAGCCUUUUAUUGCUUAAACAGAUUUACAGCUCACAUGUGUUCUCGAAACGCUUGGCAAUCCAUUUAGGAAUGAUUUGUAUAUGGGACAGCCUUUAUCUUGUAGCGUGCCUCGCAACAUACGGAAUUCCAUCAUUAUUGUACGGAAUGAUUCCCGUUUAUGGAAUUAUGGCCUAUAUUCUAUUUCUUCUUCAACCGUUUGCUUCAUUUUGUGUCUCGUGUACGAUCUGGCAAGUAUUUGCAAUCACACUGGAAAGAUAUUUGGCGGUAUCGAAACCUCUGGAACAACGAGCUCGUACAGCUCGAUUUGCUGCUGGAUGGUUAUGUGCUGCAAUUGCUGCCGGAGCGUUUGUGCUCAAUCUAUUACCGGUCCCAUUCGAGCGACAACUUGUCCCAUGUUUUGAAAUUGUCGGCAGCCGUCUACGUAAUCAUACACUUCUAAAACCAUAUGAUGACAGUAAUAGUCGUCUGUAUAGAUUUGUUGUUCAUUUCUUUCCGGAUUUGAUAUUCCGUGCACCUCUUCCUAUUAUUUUUAUUGGAACUUUAACGGUAAAAACUAUUCAUGCAUGUAAUCAAAGAAGUGUUGGAAAUGUGCAUCUUACGGCACAAAUAAAUCGAAAUAUACCAAUGCGGCUAUAUCUUCUCAACUUUAAAUUUAUUCUUUGUAAUACAUUGUAUAUGUUCAAUACGAUAUUACUGGAAUUAUUUGGUUAUGGAGAAAGUGUCGAAUCUAACGAAGAAGGACUUAUUGAUCGUUACAUGAAUUCUUUCUAUUUAACUGAUGCAUCCAAUAUGUUACUGGUACUUCACAGCGCUACAAACUGGUUACUAUUUUACAGAUUUCCUACCAUAUCAAAGAAUAGUCGUCGACUAGCUAGUAUAACUUUUUCGUCAUCUUAUCGAGUUAUCCCAGUAAAACCACGUGUAGCUGAAUUUGUAUUGAGAAGGAUAGCACCUUCAAAACGAUCGAUAGGAAUGGAGAUUUUAACUAAGAUUUGUUCAACAAAUCCUGAAAUGGUAUCCUUGAUUGUGGAUACACCGAAACCAUUACCAAAACCAGAUGGUGAAUUAUAUUCGUGUUUACCGUCCUUUCAACAAAAAGGCGAACAAGUUGGACAUUUUGUCGAACAGGUUUUAAAAUGGUUCUGUGCUCGUGGUCGACAAGAGGAAGGAAUACGACAGUUAGGAAGGCGUUUAGGUCAUGCAUAUUUUCAUUCAAAUAUUCAAUUCUCAGCAGAACAAUGGAAAAUCUUCCGAGCACAAGUUGUCGCUAUAAUUAUUCGACAUACGUUGAGGGAGCCACUACCCAAGGAAGGAUGUUGUUCGGCGGAAGAAUUACAAGAGAAUCUCACUCGAGCAUUUAAUUUUGUACUUUGUGAAAUGCGAAGUGGUGUAUUAUGUGCAGCUGUAGAAGCUAAGAAAAGAAAUAAUCGCUCAAUUUCAUCUGGGAUUUGGGCAAUUACGAAUGAUGUGCCGAAAAAACCAAGAUCUACACAGAAUGGUCGACUACGUUACAGUACACAAAAUAAUGGAUUAUUACCGCUGCUCAUCAAUGAUACAUCAUCACGAUAG